AUGUCUGGCCUCAAGAAUUCGCCCUUUGGCAAGCGUCUUCGCGCUUCACAUCAAGAUCAAGACGAGGAUGGUCCCCGAAGAAACCGUCCACGCGUAGCCCCGUUAUUCGGUGUCGCAUCCGCGUCGACGCCCUCCCUGGACUCGCGACCAACAACGAGCGAAAGUGGCGGUCCCGAGUCGCCAGCAGAACAGCGAGGUCCCCGAGAUUAUGGAGACCGGUUCGUACCUACAAGAGAUACAGGCGACAUGCGCACAUCCUACCAUCUUAUGGACGAGAGCGCUCCAUCCACGCCGUCUAAAAACAAGAUCAUCCCUACCGAAUCAGACGCUCUGAAAGAACAGGCCAAUGCUAUCUUCACCUCUAUCCUCCACACAGAAGUCACACCACCGUCCCCUCGCAGAGCCGUCUCACCCACCCGCUCGGGCUCGGCUGUAGCCCCGCCAUCGACGCCGACACGACGUCGACUUUUCGCAUACAACUCUCCAUCCAGAUCCAAUCCAGCUACACCCACGCGGCGUCUCGACACACCGACAGACGAAGCAUACUCAAUGAGUCCAGUGCGUGCGGAGAGCAGACAGCUACUGGAGAGUCCUCGGCGGCAGCUCCGUAGUGUCUGCAAGACCCCAUACCGGGUGCUGGAUGCUCCAGAGUUGGCCGAUGACUUCUACCUGAACUUGGUGGAUUGGUCAAGUACGAACGUUUUGGGUGUUGGAUUGGGCUCGUGCGUUUAUUUGUGGACGGCGCACAAUGCGGCUGUUUCGAAACUGUGUGACAUCAGUAACGAGAACGAUACAAUCAGCUCUGUAUCAUGGGUACAGAAGGUGACCUUUAUUCUUUCCCCUCACCUUUGGAGACUGAAAACUUAUGCCUUAGGGCUCCAUGCUUGCCGUUGGCACACUUUCUGGGCGACUGCGUAUAUACGAUGCAAGCACGCUUCAACUACAACGGACGUAUCAGCAGGCGCAUACGCAGCGGAUUGGCGCCCUUUCGUGGAAUUCGCAUGUGCUCAGCUCAGGCUCCAGGGAUCGUCAAGUACACCACCGGGAUGUACGAGAGCAAACCUCACGGCCAUUCAAGCGGUGUCAAGGGCACCGGCAGGAAGUAUGUGGCUUACGAUGGAGUUCGGAUAG